UGCAAUACGCACUCCGACCUUCGAAAGGCAGCAUACAUAACACAACGUCCAAGUCUGCCAGAAAUUCAAACGAAGGAGGAAAAUAUCAACAAUUUGUAAAUCAGAAAUGUCAUGUUCAGCUUAUAACUGUAAGAAUAGAGGACAUGAUACAUAUGAUAAAAAUAAUCAGUUGCGUGCCAAAAAAGUUAGGCUUCACAGAUUUCCGCUGAGUGACGCCAAAAGACUAAAAAAGUGGAUCCAUCAGACGAGACUGAAAGCCUGGAAGCCAACCAAAAGCUCCAGACUGUGUUCCGAGCAUUUCGAGGAGAAGUACCUGAUAACACCCUCAACUGGACGUGGUGUUCGUUUACGUAAUGAUGCCAUUCCAACUAUAUUUUCCUUUCCUAGUCAGUUCCAAAAAAAGUUUCCCGAGGAUCGUGUUCCUGAGGAUGUGUCAUCACUACCAGCUGAGCCAAAGUGCUCUGCAGAGUCAACACGGUUGAAGAAGACUCCCAGUUACUUAAACCACAGUAUAUGGCACCCAAGUCGUUUCCAUGACGACUACUGUGUACCACAGCCUGCACGCCAGAGUAUUGACUGGGCUGUGAAAGAUAAACCAAAUGAAGUCCCACCUUCAGCUUUACAAAAGCAAGGGCUGAUCUUUAUCCCCAAGCUCGCAAUCAGGAUCAAGGAGAAAUGGGAUUGGCUGACAAUGGAAGUGAAGGGGCCAUUUCCAGAGACCCAAAUUGGACACAGAUUUGUACUAACUGUAAUGGACUACUACUCAAAAUGGUUGGAAGCCUACCCCAUGAAGACCUGCACCAGUAAAGAGAUUGCUCAAAUCAUUUCUGACCUCAUCUCUCGCUUUGGCUUCCCUGUUGGAAUCCUGUGUUGUUUGGGUGUAAUGCUGACUGUAGAGAUCAACUCGGCUUUGGGUGAUCUGAAGAAACUGACAGGCCAACUCAUAUUCUACCGUCCUCUGGGAGUGUCAUUGGAUCCAGUAACAAAGUCCCUUGUAGACCGGUUGGUGUCAGAUUUGGUGAAAGAACAUCCUGAUCACUGGGAUGUUUACCUGGCUGCCAGUGUGUUCAGCUUCUGCUGCAAGGAGCACCCCACCACUAGACAAAUACCCCUGUCUCUGCUGCGCUGUGGAGGGACUCAGUCUGUCUCCACCUCACCAAGAAAGCUGCCUUACAAUGGGAUUAAAGGAAGAACCUUUGUCAUACUAGAGGCCCAACCACCUACAAAGGAAGUCUGUGUGCAGUGCAGUCAGUGCUUGGAAUGGAUCUCGGUCACUCAGGACUCUGAGCUGAAGCGAUAUGAGGAGAUGAAACUUGGGGAUGAGGACUACACCCACACCUGUGUGAGCUGCAGGGUGGCCCUGGAGGUCAUGAGGGGUUAGCAGACAAGGACAUGAACAACUGGAUGGAAAUGAGAAAGCUUUUCAAACAAGGACUGAAAAGAUGGAGGAUAUAAUAAGGACGUUGGAAACAAAGUGGUGGUGAAGGAAGAGAUUGAUGUGGGGUGAAAAAAGGUUCCUAAGGGAAGAAGUACAUGUUGUGUAUGUAUUUGUAUAAGUUGCUCUGAUGACCCUUUUGUCAUUAAAAACAACGGUAUAAAGUGUUUAAAUUACA